AUGGCAGUAGCCGCGGUACUGAACCAGUUUCUGAAACUGGAGUUGCAAGAUUCGCAAUCAAUGGCCAACCUGAUCAAAGCUAGAGCACUCAAUGGACGAUGCCAUGCGGGGUCCCGUGAGCAGCCACAGUAUGGGGGCGUCUUCUCAGCCAAGAUUAUCAUCUCCCCCGUGCACAAUACCUGUUUCACCAGCUUGGUCAAAUUGUCGGAUCCGACAUCCAGUGAUGAUCGCUUCCGACUUGCAUUUGUUCCUAGGGGCUAG